AUGGGUCUCCUGGACGCUUUUUCCGAGAUUGUCGGGGUCGUGACGCCAUGGAGCGUCGUCGAGGCCGAAGCCCCAUCCGAGGAGCCCAAGGAGGAUCCGGCUGCCGAGACGAAGAGCGAAGACGAUGGCCCCCCCGCAGAGGACAAGGCCGAGUCUGAGGACGCCAAGGAGGAGGAGGAGGAGGAGGAGGAAGAAGAGGAGGAGGAGGAUGAAGAAGAGAUUAUCGACCCCAAAGAAACUCUCGAAGAAGAGUGCAAGAAGUCCGCGCAAUGCGCCCCCGCCAAGCAUCACUUUGACGAUUGUGUGGAGCGCGUCCAGCAACAGGAGAGCGAGGGCGAGGCCAAGGAGGAUUGCGUGGAAGAAUUUUUCCACCUCGCGCACUGCGCCACGGCAUGUGCAGCCCCCAAGCUCUGGUCGAAGCUCAAGUAA